GAUGGUGAUCACGAGGAGCAACUGCCAGUGGGCUCGGGAGGCCCACAUCAACUGGGAGCUCAACGAGCGAAUCAGCUUGAGCAGCGCGGGCUCGGCGUCGAGGAGCAGCUCGAGCUCCAAUGCUCCGAACGGGGCCACGACGGCCGAUCGGAAGAAAGCGGCGCCGCCCGAGGACCGUCCGGAGACGCCCGUUCGGAAAAGGUGGAGCGCGGCGAACGAGCGGCUCGAGCGCACGAACGACGCGCUCGCGAGACGCUCGAACGUCAUCCAACAGCUGAACAGGAAAAUCAUCGCGAACCGCGACAAGAUGCACGACAGUGCGGCGCGCAAGAGCCGCUGGAAAAACGACGACGAGCCGGCGUCGUGGUCGUCGACGCCGACGAUCGAGCGCUCUCGGUGCACCCUGUCGCGCUCGGAGAGGCAACAAGAGCAGGAGCAAGACGACUCGGCGAGCGUGUUGCGCGAGUUGAACGAGGCCAUCGACAGAUUCGAGGAAGAGGACGACUUGAAGAAGCAGAGUGGCACGGCUGGCCAGCAGCAUGACUCCUCGUGGGACUCGGGAGUCGGCGCGGAGAGCAGCGUUGGCACCGAGAAGACCACCGGCUGGCUGAGGGUUCACACUGGUAUAGAGAGUAGCCUUGUCUACCUCACCCAAGAGACUUCCGCUGCUGACGUUUGCCGUGACAUGCUUCUAUCCGACUGUCUUGCGCUUUACCUUCAGUAUGGCGGCGAGCCAGGUCGUAGAUUGUCGGCCGACGAGAAACCGUUGGAGCUUCAGGAGCAGCUACUGCUCAGGCUUGGCUACGGAGAUGCUUCCAGACGCGCCAGGCUGGGACUCGAUGCUGAAUUAAGGCAUCUUAUCGCAUUUCACGUUGGACCCGCGGCGCCGUUGGCCGAGCUGCAAGGGUAUAGCAGAUGCGGCUACGCUCUGGUGCUGAAGGGAUUGGUGUUCCCGCAAUGGAAAAAGCGAGCCCUCGCCAUCAUCGGCUCUCGACUCUUUCUCUAUCCCGCUUGUUCGGAGUCGCGGCCCGAAUGGAUGGAGCUGGCCGCGGUCUGCUGUUCGGCGUCGCGCCUCGGCAAACUCGUGCUACGAGUCACCGGCUAUCCCGCAAGGAUCGCCGCCACUCGACAGCAGCCAACCAAGGAUGAUACGUUGUCGAGGUGUAAUGACACCAGGCACAUGUAUCUUGGUUUCCAGCAUCCGUGGGACAGGGACCUUUGGAAGACUUGGCUCAGACAGGCAUGCCAAUCGAGCACGGCAACGACAACACACCUGCCGGAGCAGCCAACAACCAAACUCGAGAUGAGCAAUACGGGCACAGUUCGCCUACCGGACGCAGCUCGAGCUUUCAAUGCUAGCCGUCAAUUCUUUCUGGGUCACAAUCAAUUGUCCAGCAACCUUGAUGCCAAUCUCAAGCUACUGCUUAGCUUUCCUGACCUGCAAGAGCUACAUUUGGAGAACAAUCGGCUGGACGAGUUUCCCCGCGAGCUGUUGUCACUGCGAAAUUUGACUUUCUUGGAUUUGUCCGACAAUCAGAUUCGGUGCUUGCCAACUGGAAUUAAAAGCCUUGCCAGUCUGAAGGAUCUGAUCAUCGAUCGCAAUGACAUCAAGGAGCUGCCAGCGGAGCUCGGGGAGCUUAGCCAAUUACAGUACAUCUCCUUGGUUGGAAACCUGAUCGAGUUGCUGCCGAGCUUCCUUCUCGAGAUGCGCGCGCUCGGGCUCAAUGACGUGCUCGCGGCCAAGACCGAGGAGAAGAGCAAUUUACACAAUAGCCUGUACAAAGUUAAUCUUAGGAACAAUCAGCUCAAGGGCAACAUCAUCCUUGGCAACUAUGGGAACUUGACGCACUUGGACCUCAGCGAGAACAGCAUCGAGAAGCUCGACUUGUCAGCGUUGCAGGAGCUUAGGAGCGUGCGCUGCGCAAGGAACCAACUCACCGAACUGACUCUGUGCGGUAGAGGUCUCGUCUCGCUUAUUGCCGGGAAUAACAAGCUGAAAAAAUUGACCAUUGUCCCGGUGCCGGCCAACCUUGAGCACCUCGACGUUUCAUACAACGAAUUGGAGAGUCUGCCAGAUUGGACGCCCGAGCUGCCGCAGCUACGCGCACUGUUCGCCUCGCACAACGGUCUCAGUACAUUACCCGAGCGUCUGCUGUCGCAGCCAUCUCGGCUGGAGGUGUUGCAUUUACCGCACAAUCGGCUGCAAGCGCUACCGCCGCCAAGGAGAGCGUUGAGCUUGGUACAUCUCACUCUACAAGACAAUCAACUUACCGCGCUGCCGGCGCACUUCUUUACCUACACGCAGAGCCUGAAGGUCCUGAAUCUUUCCAAUAAUCGAUUGUCGGAGCUGGCCUGGAGCUACGGUGGCGCCGACGAGGCAGGUACUUCUCGCAACAACAGCACACACGAGCAACAUCAGCAGCAGCGGCGGCCUCACAGCGCCCUGGAGAAACUCUAUCUGACGGGCAACUGCCUAACCAACACCGCUCUCGAUGCCCUCGCCAAAUUCUCCGCGCUCAGGCUACUUCACCUUGCUUACAAUGCACUCGAUACUCUGCCCGAAAGCUGCAUAGCAUCGUGGCGAGAGCUAGAGGAGCUGGUACUCUCGGGGAACAAGCUGCAAUAUCUCCCGGACAGCGUAGCGAAUUUGGCGCACUUGAGGGUGCUUAGGGUGCACUCCAACAGGCUUCUCACUUGCCCGGCUUUCAGUAAAACACCCUCUCUCAAGGUACUCGAUUUGGCGCACAAUCAUCUGGACCGCUUGAAUCUCGAUAGUCUACUACCAGCGCACCUGCAGUUCUUGGAUAUCUCGUGUAAUUCCCGUCUCCACGUAGAUCCACGACAAUUCCAAACGUACGCAAGCUCUCGCAGGCCACUUUCUUUGGUGGACGUAUCCGGGCAAAGUCGCCUGAGUGCCAGCAAUCCAAACCUCAACAACGCAACCACGCCAACUCGUAGUAGCAGUGGCGGUCAACGCGAUACAACGACGACGACCGCGCACCUACCCUGGAGGCUUGGAUUCUCCGAAACCGCCGGUAUUCGCGAGAGACUGCUGGUGAGCCAAGUGCGCAUGCCAACGUUCUGCAACAGCGAGGGUCUGUUCGGCCUGUUCGACGGCGGCUCGAAUCAAGAGGCACCGAGCUCCCUGCAGGAAAUGAUACCGCGUCUCUUGCUGGAGGAGCGUACGGUGAAGGAGACGCGCAGCGAGUACCUGCGCUACACGCUGCUGUCGGCGCACCGCGAGCUGCGCGAGAAGGGCCAAAAGUAUGGGGUCGAUGCCGCGCUGGUGCACGUCACGCGGCAGCCUGCCCUGCAGCAAGAGGAGCUGGAGAAGGCGAGGUAUCUGCUUACGGCCGCCACUUGCGGCGAAGCUCGGACCGUGCUGUGCAGGGCCUCGGGUCCGCUGCAGCUGGCCAAAGGUGCCCGGGUACAGUACGGCGCCAGGCUGCAGGCGGCACUGGCUCAGAGUGGCAGGAGAGGCGCCGAUCUGCUGCCCAUCGCUCUUCCCGAACCCAUCAGCGAGGAGGUGCUGCUGGAGGACGACGACGAGUUCGUGAUUAUCGGCAACCGUCGUCUCUGGGAAGUGCUCUCCAUUCAAGAAGCAGUUCGGGAAGCCCGCGCCGAGGCAAAUCCCGUGCUCGCAGCCAAGCGUCUGCAAGACUUGGGCCAGGCGUACGGCGCGGAGGACAAUCUGAGCGUGAUCGUGGUGCGUCUGUCAACGGCCACGGCAGCUCCGAACGAGCCGCUAGGGCGUCUUUUGAUUCGCGAAUUACGUCAAGCGGUUCACGCCAAGCAACAGCCGGAAUCCAACGGCGGCUGCACGUGUCCCUGCUGCAUGCCAAGGCUAUCAGCCGCAGGUGAGACACCUGCCGCUUGCUGUUGUCACGCCGCCGCCGCCGCCGCCGCGGCUGCGGCUGAAUCGCAAUCGGCCAACGGAUUUUACCUGAAUGGCGUGCUACGCAGCCUCGUCAGCGCCAGGUUUGCUCAACUGAUUUGCAGAUCGAGCGCGAAAUCAAGCCGCAGCAGUCAGCGCAACCAAGAGCGCGCCUUGAAAGACGCGGCGUCAAGCUGCAGUCCGACGGUUCAACAACGCGAAGAUCGCAGCUCACCGAGCGGCCAGUCGGAUCAAACGAGCGAGGUCGGCCUCUUCGAGCCGCGUUCACGCAAACGCACAUCCGGCCGCGGGGGCGGUGGAAGCAGUCGAUUGGCCAAUGCAUGCAAACUUCGUCAGCAGCAGCAGCAGCAGCACCAGCACCAGCAGCAGCAUCAAACGGAGAGGACACCGCCGCCGAGCGACGAACAAUUGAGAUGCUGGGAAUACAUGCUCGAGCAAAAUACCCAGUUGCUGUUCGACAAGGAACUCGAUACGCUCACUUCAGGCGGUGGUCCUCGGACUGGUUCCUCGGCUCUUCGACGAGUAGGUCAAUCAAGGUCCACGCCUCAGCUAGGCGCAACGAGCACGAGUGGCGUACCUUUUCUGUCGCGUCGCUUUGGCAGCGCGCGAUCGUUCGACACCGGGCCGACGCUUGAGGCGUCUGCGAGCGCGGUGGUCCAACAAAUGCCGAUAUUACGCUCGGCAUUCGGCGGCAGUGGGCGCAGGCUGCUCAACGGAGGCCCGAACGCCGCCUACUUCGGUAGCCUGCAGCGCCUCAUGCCUUACAACCUCGAGUACGACUUCGCGGUGAUCCAAGAGAGAGGAGCUUUGGAUUCGCUCGAGCAGGACGCGUCGAGGAUGCAGCAGUACUGGGGUGUUGCCACUACCGAACUGUGAUUACCGAUACUCUCACUGUAGAUAUUACACGUUGCUUGUGUGCGUGUGUGUGCCUAUAGAGCCGAGAGAUUUCUACAAUUUUAUUACUGUUCCGCGGAAGGGGUCUUAUCCCAGACGACACGUGCCGAUGUACUUUCUAAUUAUCGAUCAUUUUCUCAUCAAGUAGGUAGUUGAUUAAUUAUCUCAUGAAAGCUAGUACACCCGAGGCAGAGUUAUCGGUUAUUAAUCGAUUUAUUCAAAUGUCCUUUUGAUUGCCCAUUAUAUUCGAUACGAGGCUUCACUAUUUGCGAAGCAACUUAUUUUUCAAAUUAGCAUUAGUAACUUAUUUGUUGACCACGUGCACCAAACACUGUUACUGUGAACGUAACCGCAGCGAUUGUAACCAAUUUUUUGUCUCCCGAUGCUCGUCAAAUACACUCGCACGAAAAAUAAUGCUCCUCUCUUGAGGCAACUACGCGAACAGGCUAACAAAGGCUUGCGCGCGUUGCUGAAGAUGUAAAGCAAGUUUGCGAUAGUCUGUAAAUAUAAAAAUCAUAUCGCGCUCGCAAGAUUGAUGUCUGACGAGAGCACGGCGAAGCUGUUGCAUACAUUUUUAUCGAACGGAAGAUUGGAUAUCGUGUUUUUCUUCUUCUUUUUACGACGCAAGGUUAAGAUUGUCAAUCUUAAUAAAUUUUUUUUUUCAUCACUGUUGCGUAAGUGUGUGAGAAUAGAUCGAUAGUCGUCCGUGGUCGAUUAAUUAAAGCGAUUCGUUUUUCACCACACGUCCGCCAUUAUCUUCGGUUUUCUUGAUCGCAGCAAAGCACAUGUUUAUCCUCGGUAUGUACACUAUGAGUGCACCUAUGUACGAAAUGGUAUAGAGCUUUCGUGAUUCUCACUACGCACGCGUACAUACGUAUCAAAUGAGCACGUGCAUACAUACAGUGAAGCUAAACAAGGCCAAAGUUGGUUUCCGCGCAAUGCAAACAGCAUCGGGAAUGCCACCAUUAUUUAUAGGCGAAACCAUCGACAGCGUCUACAAAUUAUACGCGACAUUGCUAAAAUGUAUAUUUUGUACAAACUGUAUCAAUAAAUCAAAA